AUGACUGACGAUAUUCAAAAAGAUGCCGCUAAUUUGAAAACUUUCAGUGGUACCCUCAAAAUACAUCAAGAUAAGGGGAAUAAUAUCAAAGCAUGGCGUGCGCAAAGAAUUUUAGCUUUGAUUCCACCGUCAGAUUCGGAACCAUCCGACGUCGAAAAUGAUGAGAAUAAUGAAGAUGGAGUACUUUCGUUAGACGAUUCAUCUUCCUGUCGAACUCUGUCUCCCGGGCUGGAAGAAUUUUUGAAUGGUUUUGAUGACGAUUUUGAAGAAGAAUUAGCGAGUCUUUCUCUAUAA